AUGGCAUACACAGUUCUACCGUUUGGAGCAACUAAAGCUUCUCAAAAGCGUGAGAACUACCCACUUCUCUUAUCAGACACCGUCCGUGAUUGUGCAGAUGCCAUUGAUUCACUCACGCUAUUUGACGACCUUAUGUCUUCGCAAAAGCACGAAAACGAUACGGCGGGAUUCAAAGCUUUCGACGGCCAUGUGGGAGAGACUGCAUGCCAUAUACGUGCUGGAAUACUACUGGAGCUCCAUUCCUAUUACCAAAAACAUGCCGGAAUUGAGCAUUCAAGAAAAGAUCUACAAAUUCCUGCCUACAUUGAACGACUAAAUACCACGCGGAAGAACGCCCAAACCAUUUGCUCCAAGCUCACUUCAGAUAACACAUGCCCAAGCAGGCUGGGUUUUGGAUCAAAGCUCGAUGCAAUGGACAAAAUCAUUAGUUCGCUGGGAUGGAUAGAGCCCGGACAUCCUCCUUCAUCCAACGAUUCCGAGAAUCCAGAGUGGGAUGUGGAAAAUCCGCACGUCGUCAUUCGAUACUUGAUUGCGAUGUUUAUAUUGGGGAAGUACAGGCAGUGCUGCAAGUCAUCUACCCAGAACAUUGUAAUCCGUCUUCAGCCUAAAGAUGCCGCUGCCUACGCCUCCCAACUGAUUUCGUCAUUUUGGGAUCAAAAAAACAGCCUAUACAAGACAUCAGGUUCGAAUCGGCUGGAUGUGCGAUUCAAGGCCCUGCAAAAAUGGAUAUCAGCACUCUCAUGCUCUUGGGUCCGGAUCUGGGCAGCAAAGCUUUCCUUCUCUGAAGUGGCACAGAGGUAA